CCGUUGAACUAAAUGAAAGACAAGAAACAUAAAAGAUUGCAGAAACCAGUAUGACCCAUUAUCAAUUGGACUUCACUACCCCUAAAUUGCUGAAAGGCCAAUAGUUCAGCUCACAAGUCACAUCCCCCAUCCAAAAAGGUAUUAAUGUACUUCUAGUACUCUUGUCCUAAAAAGGUAUUAGUAUUAGAGAAAUUUUACAAUGCUAUAUAGUAUUGGUGCUAUAGGGGUUUGCUUUUAUGGUACAAUUUAAAAUUGUACAUUUACGUUAUGGUACAACUUCAGAUUGUACCUAUACUUUUUGUACAAAUUCUUUUAUGGUACAAAUUGAACUUGUACCUUUAUGUGAUGGUACAACUUCAAGUUGUAAAGUUGUACCAUAACAUAAUGGUACAAAUUGCUUUAUGGUACAACCUAAACUUAUACAUUUAAUGUUAUGGUACAACUUUAAGUUGUACAUUAAAGCACCAAUACUAUAUAGCAUAGUAGAAGUGCUCAUUAGUAUUAACCAAUCAACAUUUAUAAAAGGUCAUAGAAUAGUGAAUAAUACUCUAAUGACUUAAGAAAUAAUACGAAACUAUCAUAAGAAGAAUAUAACAUCCAAAUGAGGAGUAAAAGUGAAUUUGAUGAAAGCUUUCGAUUUAGAGCCUUCAGAUUCCUUAUGUGUGAUGGACAGAAUGAAAUUUCCUAGGAGAUUUAUUGGAUGGAUAUAAGCUUGUUUGAAGUAUGCUACUUUGAAUAUUACUAUCUAGGUGAGUUUGUUUGGUCAUUUUUCUGCAAGAAAGGGAGUGAAGCAGGGAGAUCUCCUCUCUCCCUACCUAUUUACUCUGGCUAUGUAGGUGCUAUCUUCUUUACUUGACAAGACUGUGACUAGAAGAAUACUACCAUACCACCAUCAGUGCGAAGCAGUAGGCUUAACCCACCUCUGCUUUGCUUGUGAUUUACUCAUCUUUAAAGGGUUCAACUUUUGCCCUGGAAAUUGUCAAGAGAGUUCUGGAUACCUUCUACACACUCUCUGGACUUAGAAACAAUCCCACGACAUAUGACGUGGAUUUUGGAGGAGUUAGUGAGGAGUUCAUCAAGAAGCUUACUUUGUCCUGCUUCGAAUUUAAGAAAGGAUUACCUCUGCAAUAUGGAACCCUCAUUGCUGCAGACUGUAGCAAGUUGGUAGGUAAAAUAACAAGCAAGGUUAGAUCUUGGAAAGCAAGUAAACUCUCUUAUGUUGGAAGGAUACAAUUAUUUCUUCAGUGUUGCUCCUGGUCUCUCAAUAUUGGAUGACAGUCUACUUACUCUCAAAGAAAGUCAUCAAGGAAAUUCAUAGGAUUUGCUCAAAUUUUCUGUGGCAUGGAGCAGAGAUAUAUACAAGUAUAGCAAAGGUGGCAUGAGAUAAAAUUGUCUUGCCUAAGGAGGAGGAGGGGGACUUGGUUUGAGGGGUCUUUUCACAUAUUGCAUUUGCAGCUAGUCUAAUAUGGAUGUUGCUAAUGAAAGGAGGAUCUUUGUAGGUAGCUUGGGUAAGGAAUAUAGAAUGAAGGGAAGGGACACAUAGGAGUUAUUAGAGUCCUAAACUGGAUCUUGAUUUUGAAAGAAACUACUAAGGAUCAGAUCAUGUAUCAAUUCAAAUUUACAAUGAGUAAUGAGGUACUAAACUGGGAAGGGAAACCACUUCAUAAAAUUUUUAUUAAAGCCAUCAGACACAGGUUUCACAUCCGAUUUUAGAGAGUGACUACCUCUCAUUGAUACAGAAACUGAAUAGCCAGAAUCGCAUUGAAAUUGAAACCAGAGUUGUGAUCAGAAACAUCAAGCGGAUGAUGAUGGAGCUCGGUUAUGGUAUUGGUAGCUACAAGCAUAUUAAGAGAGAAGCAAAUGUGGCAGCUCACAUGAUUGCACAUUCCAUGACGCAUUGGGAGGAACGGUUGGUCUGGGUAGAUAGACUUGCAGUUUUUAUUGUUGAUCAACUUAAACGGGAUGAUGUAAUAGCAACCUCUAAGUAAUAAAGUUCGCAGGUUCCAGUAAAAAAAAGAGCAAACUGUAGGACAAAAUUGAUCACUGAUGACUCGAUAUUUGCACAUGUUUUCCCCUUUGUUUCUUGAUCGUUUAAACUUGCAUUAUCGCUUCUUUGACCGAUUUUACGCUAGGUUGUGUUCCUUUGUCACAUUUCAGGUCCUAGCACAUAAAGUGAAGCAUAGGCGCAAGUUUCAAGUCCAUCAGAGAUCAUUUGGCGACUCGGGGGAAGAAACUCGGGUAUGACUUGAAGAAGAAUGGAUUUCUACCUCAGCUUGUGACCAUAUAAUCAUGUAAUCUUAUCAUGAGAAGAAUGAGGACGAGACUACGAGCGUCUGGGAUCAAACGACAUUUGAUUUGGAGUCCGAACGAGGGAGAAACGAAGAAUCAAAGUUAGGGGAAAAUUGGUUUCGGGCUUCUCUGAGAAACAGAAGGGGCCCUGUCGUGAUGCUAAAAUCCCCGGUAGGGGAUUCUUGGCCAUGACCGGGGAUUUUCCCCUGUCUCCCGACGGUGCGUUUCAACAAUCCCCGGUCGACACCUAAAAUACCCGAUAGGGGAUUAUGACCGGGGAUCACGAACGCAGGCUGUUAAAAGCCUGUUUUGUGCGUUUUUGCAAGGGGAGAGCUGGGUUUUGGAUCCCAAACACACAAGGGACGAACCGGAGAGAGAGAGAGAGAGAGAGAGAGCGAUUUGAGGGCAUUCUAAGAGUGGAAUUGGAGGAUUUCUUCGCCUUGGAAGCUCGAGGAACAAGCCCGGACUUGAAGACUGAUCAUCUGAAGAUUCUUACUGCAGUCUCUCUCUUCUCUAUGGAGUAACUUCCCUUCACUUAGGUUUUGAGGAACCCUAGCUAUGUUUGUUUGAUUGGAUGAUUGUAUGAGUACUCCUACUUGAUAAUCUUGAGUUCAUAUUCAAUCUAUGCACGUUUUCAUGAUUCAAUUAUGCUUUAGUCGAGAUUGUUGAUUCUGCUUUGAUCCUAUGAGAGCGAAUACCUGAUUAGUUCAAUAGAGCACCAUAGAUUGAUAGUAUUGGAUCGAUUGCUUUAGUCGAGGGUCGAUUCACUUCUUUGUAUCGAUUGAGAACCUCUUUCGAUAGAGGGAGUCUAGUUCAGAACGCCUUGAUCGGUUGUUCUAGAGAAGGAUACGUCCCUCUAGGCAAUUGACUCAAGAGGGCCUUGUUCCUUUAGUCGAGACUCAAGGUCUAGUUAAGGAUUCUCCACAUUGUGAAUGAAAGUGAAACAGGUUAGAGAUCAUCAAUCAUUAAUCUGGCUAGUGGCUAGGGGGAAUCAUACCUAAGUGAGUUCCCAACCUGUGAUUAGAUUAACUUUAACUGUAGUUUGAUAGAGUAGUUUUAGUUCUUUCAUCUUAAUAUGGUUUGCUAGAUAAUGAACUGAAGCUGAGUAAUAGUAACUCUAGAGACCCGUGGAUUCGAUAUUUAUUACUUGAGCCACUAUACUACAGUCCCUUUCAUUGGUUACACUUGGCCUUUGUUAGGAGUUGUGUCGUAGCGAGUCAAGUUUUUGGCGCCGUUGCUGAAGACUUUCUAGAUUAUUAGGAAAGGCAGAAGUUUGUUAUUUUAGCGUUUUUCUUUUCUUUUCCACCCUUGCUUUUCACUUGGGGGUUUUUGUUUUUGUUGGUGCAGAUCUGAAUCAUGGAUCCUCAUGGCUUUUCCAAUCAUUGGGUGUAUCCACCACCAUCCGUGUGGUAUUACCCCGAGACCCCCUGGAGCAAUCAAGGAGGAGAAGACUAUGAAUUCGGGUUCCAGUACCAACCCCCUUACUACGGAGAACAAUCAAACCCCUGGGCAAAUCAAGAACAACCUCAUUACCAAGAAGACUUUCUCCCACAACCAGAAGGGCCAUCGGAGCUGGAGUUACCCAUGGCGGCCUUCAGGGGCCAUUCUGCAGAGCCAUGCUACACUCCACAGCUAGAUCCAAACUAUGAAUUGAGGCUUCACAUGGAGCAGUUUGCUCGAGACAGUGAGAGAUCAUGGUCCAGGAUGGAUCUUUGUACCCAGGCCUAUCGUGAAACAGAAGAGAUCCUCCUGAGCAUUAAGAAGAGCGUCAAUGAUCUUGAGCGAUCUUAUGCACAACCUACUCCAAAUCACCCUCCUGCUACCAUACUAGAAGAGGAGGAGGAAGAAGAAGGCUACAAGGACAUUGUGGAGCACACAGAAGUUGUCACGGAGAGCUCCCGUGAUGAUCAUGAUCAGGAAUGUCCUGUCGUAGCCGACCACACCUUCCCACAUCCCACAUUGAGCUUUGAAGAGGCGGGCAUGAGUGAGGAGAUGCAAGAAGAUCUCAUCAAAGAAAUUGCUUGGCGACUUGCCCUCCAAUCCGUGUUGGAAGAAGAAGAGCAAGAAAGGGUGCAGGAAGAAGUUGUGGAGGAUGAUGAAAGUGAAGCAGAGGGAGUUCUUGAUCUUUUCCCAGGGGUGAUACCACAUGAAGAAGGAAGGGAGGUUGAAGAAGCAAUUGGCGUCCAGGCCGAGGACGAAGUUGAGGUGGAAGAGGUUUGCACCGACCAUGAGUUACAUGUGAUAUCUCCACCAAACUUCGAGGAAUUGCUUAGCAAGGACCCAUUUGCAGUGUCUCUUUGCCAGACCAAGGCCACAUCGACAUCAGUCCCUCUUGGUGGACGCGAUGGUGGUCAAUCGAUGUUGUCAUUUAUGGUUUGGGGCAAUGAGACGAGAGAAGAGAAGAAGAGGUCUCGAGGGUGGAGACGUCAUCCAUAUCAAGUGCACGAGCUUCCAUCACAUGUCAUACCACAUGCUCGUGACUUGAGACUCCACCUCAUCGACGAGAACCUCAACUUCAAGGAGGUUUUGGGGUGGACCGAAACUUAGGAGCCAUCUUCUGGCUAACGACGUGAAAGAAGCGCUUGUUGGGAGGCAACCCAACCAGUCGGUUUGCAUUUCUUUUUUUUUUCUCCUUGGUUGAGUCAGUUUUGUUAUUUGAUUUUAGAGUCAAUAACUCAACCUUUGUGAGAUUUUGUGUGGUGUUUGUGGUUCGACUACUCUCUCCUCAUGGAAUGCACCGCCUGCCUCGUCCACCGUCAUUCACCCUUGAUCUGGUAACUUCGUUCUACCCUCCUUAUCUUUCCUCCAUUGAGGAUAAUAUCGUGCUUAAGUGUGGGGGGUGUUCGAUUAUGUAUGCAGGUGAAUGUUUGGCUGUUUGUGUGCUUGGAGCCUAUUCCACUGUCCAAAUUUUUAAAUUUGAGGGCUCCAAGUACGUGUUUCCAUGCAAAUUGCCUGCUCAGUAUGCUUUGAAUUGACAGUCUCUAUAGUAAUGUGCAACCUAGGGAGGUAGUGUAGCACUAUGGAGGAUGUUGAAGUAUAAGAUUUUUCCUAUCUAGCUCUCCGUUGUGUCGGUUGAUUUUGUGAAUUAGUGGAGCUAAGAUCGUUGAAUUCAUGUGGUAAUGGUGACUCUAUUUGGAUUGUGUUAUGGACUCGUGUAUCGAACAGGGUGCUCAUGUGGAAAAUGGAAAGCAGUUGGUCCUCCAUGUCGAAAUCAUUGAAAUCUUAAACAUGGGGUAAGCCCAACGUGUGUGGCACCGUUCAUUGCACAAAAUCGGGUUUUGGAGGAGAUUUUAGUGAUCCUUAGUGGGGUACUCCUACAAGGUAAAGCUAAGCUGUCUCUAGUACAAGUAAAACUUCCACCCGUUGAACAGUUUGCCUAGUUGAGGAUGUGUUUUUAAGGGCACGAAUAGAGUUUCCGACCCCCCUUAAUUUCAUUGACCCUCCACACGAGUUGAGGUAAAGGAGUUAAAAGAAGUGCCCUGGCGAGCGCCAGGUGUACAGAAAUUGCUCUUGCUCGACUAAUAAGGGUCGACCGUGCAAAAGACUGCAGUUGGAACCCCCGCUAAGUGAAUGAAAAAAAAGAAAGAAAAAAAAAAGAAAGUGAAAAAGGGGUUCCAACGGUGAAAUGAAGUAAAGAGCACCCCGGUACAACGAGUCCUUGGUUGUGAAUUGUAUGAGUCCCUUUAUCCAUGAACUGAUUGUCUUACUUCCACUGCUUCUCAUGAUCCUGGCUUGAGUCUAGUACUCGCAUUGAGAGAGAUAUGGAACGUCUUAGAAGACCAGUUGACCUCGUAAGCUGCUAUAUGAUCUAGAAAAUUCUCUACCGACGAUCGGGAUUGUUUGUUGCUAUAGAGGUCUGGAGAGCUGCAUUGGUUUGAGUUAGGUUUGCUUGGGGACAAGCAAACGGUUAAGGGUGAGGGGAUUUGAUGACUCGAUAUUUGCACAUGUUUUCCCCUUUGUUUCUUGAUCGUUUAAGCUUGCAUUAUCGCUUUUUUGGCCUAUUUUACGCUAGGUUGUGUUCCUUUGUCACAUUUUAGGUCCUAACACAUAAAGUAAAGCGUAGGCACAAGU